AUGACAUCGAGAAGUAAAAAUGCUGUACGGAGUUACGAGGCCGAGAUCGAAAAGAGUCGGGAGGAGUCCAAUUGGAAGAAGGCUGUGGACUUAGCUCAGCAACUCAAGGCCAGGUCGCCUCAGCAUGAAAGCCUUGCACACUUUCUUAUUGGAGAAGGUAAAUUGGAGGCAUAUUUGGACGAAUGGCCACCAAUUAAAGAAAACAUUGAAAGGGCACAAAGGGAACUAUCCGAUGCGAGAGGCUAUUUAACACUAGCUACAGAUGAGUUAGGCAAAAAGGCUGGAGUUGCAUUAGAUGCUCAUUUGCUAUUGGGCAAACUAAAUUAUGCAUGUGGUGCAUAUGAUGAUGCACUAAAAAAUUAUAAACUUGCGGAGUUAAGCACUUUAACUGAAAAGGAGUUACCUGUGCGGAGUUUACGAAUAGUAGCAGAGUCGUACGCAAUCAAAGGACUAUGCCUCGAACAAACGAUGGUACCGAGUUCCACGAGUCGAUACAAACAAGCUGAGAAGGAAUCUGAAAUGAUCCGCAGCUUCGAGGUGUCGUCGGAGCUGAGCCUGCUGUACCUGCAGCGCGCGGGCGCGGCGGCGGCGGGCGCGGCGGGCGCCGUGCUGGAGACGGCGCUGCAGCGCGCGCCGCUGCUGCACAUCCGCGCGGGCCGCCUGCAGGCCGCCAUCGACAGGUACCGCGAGAUGCUGACGGCGGUGGAGUCGGCGGCCACGCAGGCGCUGCGCCUCACGCUGGCGCGCCAGCUGGCCGAGGUGCUGCUGCGCGGCGUCACCGGCCAGGUGUACAAGGCGCCGCAGGCGGCCGUGGCGCCGCCGGGCACGCUGUCGCGGCGCCGCGAGGAGUACGUGUCGGAGGGGCCCUGGAAGCCCAAGAAGUACGCCGGCAUCAACCAGUUCGUGCCGCGCAACGAGUACGAGGAGGCGCUGCUGCUGCUGCUGGUGGGCGAGGCCAUGGCGGUGCGCGACGCCGUGCUGUCGCAGAGCGGCGAGUUCCGCGCCGCGCGCGAGCACUCGCUGCGCUGCGCCGUGGCCGUGGCCGACCUGCUGGCGCUGCUGGCGGCGCGCUGGGGGCAGCACCGCCUGCUGCUCGAGUCGCUGGAGCGUGCGAUGAAGUUCUCGUUCGGCAGCGCGCACGUGUGGCGCCAGCGCGCGCUGUGCACGGCCGCCGCCGCCGCGCCCGCCGCGCCGCCCGCGCCGCCCCACGCGCCCGACGCGCCGCCGCCCCCGGGCAGCGCGGCGUGGGGCGCCAGCGUGCGCGCGCUGGCGGUGGCCCGCCGCGCCGCCGCGCUGAGCCCGCACGACGCCGCGCUGCGCCUCGUGGCUGCCGACACCUGCUACCGCGCCGCGUGGAUAGAGGAGGGGCUGGAGCUGUCGCAGGCGGCGCUGGCGGCGGCGGCGGCGGCGGGCGGCGCGGCGGCCGGCCUGCUGGCGCGCUGCCACCUCUACUGCGGCAUCGGCCACCAGAUGAAGGCGCAGAAAACAAAUUCUCGUAUCGAGAAGGAUUCACACAACGAGAGCGGGCUGCGGAUGCUGCUGCGGGCGGUGGAGCUGGACGACAACGACCACCUCGCCUUCUACCACCUCGCGCUGCAGUACGUGCAGCUCGGCCAGCUCAACGAGGCCAUGGAAGCGACGCGGGAGUGCCUCGCGUCGCACGGCGAGUGCGCGGGCGGGCUGCGGCUGUGCGCGGCGCUGUGGGGCUGCGGCGGCGCGCGCGGCGGCCGGCGCGCGCUGGCGGCGGCGCGCCUGGCGCGCGCGCACCACCCGCGCGCCGCCUGGGCGCUGGCGGCGCACGCCGCGCUGCAGCUGCGCUGGGAGGGCGGCGACGCCGCGCUGGCCACCGGCCGCGACCUGCUGCGGCUGCUGCACGCCGACCGCGACGACGACGAUCACGACGCCGACCGCGACCGCGACCGCACGCCCGGCGCCGACGCGCUCUCUGACUCGCAGCGCGAGGACGCGCUGAGCAAUAGGGACGCCGUUAUUAAAGACAUCCCUGUCCAUGUGUGCGCAGCGUCCAUCCGCGCGGAGUCUGCGGGCGCGUUCCGCGUGGAGCGCGCGCUGUCGGGCGCGGCGGCGGCGGCGGCGGCCUCCCCGCGCGCCGCGCCGCGCGCACACGCCUGGCUGCUGCUGGCGCACCUGUGUCUGCGACUGGACAGGGUGAGCGCGGCGGCGGGCUGCGUGUCGGAGGCGGCGGCGCUCACGCCCUUCAGCCACCUCGUGUUCUACACGCGCGGGCUGGUGCACGCGGCGUCGUCGGAGUGGGAGGAGGCGCGCCAGUGCUUCCAGAACGCGCUCGCCAUACACCCCACGCACCUCGACAGCGUCGUGCAGCUCGGCGCGACGUACUACUCGCUGGGGUGGCUGCGGCUGGCGGAGCGGCUGCUGCGCGCGGGCGCGGCGCUGCGGCCGGCGCGCGCCGACACGUGGCGGCGCCUGGCGCUGGUGCUGGCGGCGCUGGGCGAGCCCGCCGCCGCCGCCGACGCCGCCGCCGCCGCGCUCGCGCUGCAGCCGCUGCACCCGCCCGACUUCGAGCCCUACCUCCUCUGUGAGUCAUUCACUCAUUCGUUAAUACACGAACCGUUCAUUACGAAAUCUAUCCCAUUUGUGAGUCGCGUAGAAGAUCACUUCCGUUCAUUCCUUCCUCCUUUCGUUCAUAUACAAGCAGCGGACUUGUCAUAUGUGGCAGUA